AUGGGCUGGUUGGCUAGGAUUGUCUGUCUUUUCUGGGGAGUGUUACUUACAGCAAGAGCAAACUAUCAAAAUGGAAAGAACAAUGUGCCAAGGCUGAAAUUAUCCUACAAAGAAAUGUUGGAAUCCAACAAUGUGAUCACUUUCAAUGGCUUGGCCAACAGCUCGAAUUACCAUACCUUCCUUUUGGAUGAGGAACGAAGUAGGCUGUAUGUCGGAGCAAAGGAUCACAUAUUUUCAUUCAACCUGGUUAAUAUCAAGGAUUUUCAAAAGAUUGUGUGGCCAGUAUCCUACACCAGAAGAGAUGAAUGCAAGUGGGCUGGAAAAGAUAUCCUGAAAGAAUGUGCUAAUUUCAUCAAGGUACUUAAGGCAUAUAAUCAGACUCACUUGUAUGCCUGUGGAACUGGGGCCUUUCAUCCAAUUUGCACCUACAUUGAAAUUGGACAUCAUCCUGAGGACAACACUUUUAAACUGGAGGACUCACAUUUUGAAAAUGGCCGUGGGAAAAGUCCAUAUGACCCUAAACUGCUGACAGCAUCUCUUUUAAUAGAUGGAGAAUUAUACUCUGGAACUGCAGCUGAUUUUAUGGGGCGAGACUUUGCCAUCUUCCGAACUCUUGGGCACCAUCACCCAAUCAGGACAGAGCAGCACGAUUCCAGGUGGCUCAAUGAUCCAAGGUUCAUUAGUGCCCACCUCAUCCCAGAGAGUGACAAUCCUGAAGAUGACAAAGUAUAUUUUUUCUUCCGUGAAAAUGCAAUAGACGGAGAACACUCUGGAAAAGCUACUCACGCUAGAAUAGGUCAGAUAUGCAAGAAUGACUUCGGAGGGCACAGAAGUCUGGUGAAUAAAUGGACAACGUUCCUCAAAGCUCGUCUGAUUUGCUCAGUGCCAGGUCCCAAUGGCAUUGACACUCAUUUUGAUGAAUUACAGGAUGUAUUCCUAAUGAACUCUAAAGAUCCUAAAAAUCCAAUUGUAUAUGGAGUGUUUACAACUUCCAGGCACCAAUCUCAUGAGCAUGUUGAAUGUCUAAUGAUGUGGAUGGCUAUCGGUCAGUACAGACCAAGGUCACUCGUCAGCAAAUGUCCCAGUAAAACAUUUGGUGGGUUUGAUUCUACAAAAGACCUUCCUGAUGAUGUUAUAACAUUUGCAAGAAGCCAUCCAGCCAUGUACAACCCAGUGUUUCCUAUUAAUAACCGCCCUAUAAUGAUUAAAACUGAUGUAAACUAUCAGUUUACACAAAUUGUAGUAGACCGAGUGGACGCAGAAGACGGCCAGUAUGAUGUCAUGUUUAUCGGAACAGAUAUUGAAGAGAUUAUAUUCUCUGGCAAAGACCUGAGUGAACCAACUACUAUUUCAGCAAUGGAGCUUUCCACCAAACAGCAACAACUCUAUAUUGGUUCAACUUCUGGGGUUGCCCAGCUCCCUUUACAUCGAUGUGAUAUUUACGGGAAAGCCUGUGCCGAGUGCUGCCUCGCCAGAGACCCUUACUGUGCCUGGGAUGGCUCUUCGUGCUCUCGCUAUUUUCCCACUGCAAAGAGACGCACAAGACGACAAGAUAUAAGAAAUGGAGACCCACUGACUCACUGUUCAGACUUACAGCACCAUGAUAAUCAUCAUGGCCACGGCCUCGAAGAGAGAAUUAUCUAUGGAGUAGAAAAUAGUAGCACGUUCCUGGAAUGCAGUCCAAAGUCACAGCGAGCGUUGGUCUAUUGGCAAUUCCAGAGGCGAAAUGAAGAGCGAAAAGAAGAGAUCAGAGUGGAUGAUCAUAUCAUCAGGACAGAACAAGGACUUCUGCUGCGUAGCCUGCAGCGGAAGGAUUCGGGCAAUUACCUCUGUCACGCCGUGGAACACGGGUUCAUGCAAACUCUUCUUAAAGUGACCCUGGAAGUCAUAGACACAGAGCAUUUGGAAGAACUUCUUCAUAAAGAUGAUGAUGGAGAUGUCUCUAAGACCAAAGAAAUGUCCAACAGUAUGACACCUAGCCAGAAGGUCUGGUACAGAGACUUCAUGCAGCUCAUCAACCACCCUAACCUGAACACGAUGGAUGAGUUCUGUGAACAAGUUUGGAAAAGGGACCGAAAACAACGUCGACAAAGGCCAGGGCAUACCCAAGGGAACAGUAACAAGUGGAAGCACUUACAAGAAAAUAAGAAAGGUAGAAACAGGAGGACCCACGAAUUUGAGAGGGCACCGAGGAGUGUCUGA